GCCUUAAAGAGAACCACAGAAAUAAAUUUAAACCCAUACUGCUGAUGUUUUUUUCUAGAAAGAUUUGGGAGGACUGUAAUUUUUUAUACAUUUUAUAUUGCCUGAAAUUUUUUUAGUAAACAUGUAUUCAAUUUGUAAUCAGGGAAAAUGAAAAUUACAGGGGCUUUUAACUCUGUUCUGGAAAUCUAAACAGAGGGCUUCUGAGACUUGCUAUAGAUAGUCUGCAUAUAAUUGAGAUAUCUAUAGUUAGUGUAUUUUUCCAUUACAUUCUGGACAAAGAUAUUGACUUAGUAUUUUCUUACAGAUUCCGUAGUUUGGUAAUUAAAUUAUUUAUAUGAAAGACUAACUUGUCAAAUUGGUUUAUUUUUGUGAUAGGUAUUUGAUCAGUAUGUAAAGACGAGGGCUGAGGAAGAACGCAGGGAAAAGAAAAACAAAAUAAUGCAAGCCAAGGAAGAUUUCAAGAAAAUGAUGGAAGAAGCAAAAUUUAAUCCAAGAGCUACUUUUAGUGAAUUUGCAGCCAAGCAUGCUAAAGAUUCAAGAUUCAAAGCAAUUGAAAAGAUGAAAGAUCGAGAAGCCUUGUUUAAUGAAUUUGUGGCAGCUGCAAGGAAGAAAGAGAAAGAAGAUUCGAAGACCAGAGGUGAGAAGAUUAAAUCGGAUUUCUUUGAAUUGUUAUCAAAUCAUCACUUGGACAGUCAGUCUCGAUGGAGCAAAGUGAAAGACAAAGUAGAAAGUGAUCCACGUUACAAAGCAGUAGACAGUUCAUCAAUGAGAGAAGACCUUUUCAAACAGUAUAUUGAAAAAAUAGCCAAGAAUUUAGACUCAGAAAAAGAAAAGGAGCUUGAAAGGCAAGCCCGCAUUGAGGCAAGCCUUCGAGAACGAGAAAGAGAGGUACAGAAGGCUCGUUCAGAACAAACAAAAGAAAUAGAUCGAGAGAGAGAGCAACACAAACGAGAAGAAGCUAUCCAGAAUUUCAAGGCUCUUUUGUCUGACAUGGUACGUUCUUCAGAUGUGUCAUGGUCUGAUACUCGGAGGACUCUGCGGAAAGAUCACCGUUGGGAAUCUGGAUCCUUGUUGGAAAGAGAGGAGAAAGAGAAGCUUUUUAAUGAACACAUUGAAGCACUUACCAAAAAGAAGAGGGAGCACUUUAGGCAACUUCUGGAUGAAACUUCUGCAAUUACCUUAACAUCCACAUGGAAAGAAGUAAAAAAAAUCAUUAAAGAAGAUCCUCGGUGCAUUAAGUUCUCCUCCAGUGACAGGGUAAGAGGAUUUUGUCUGAGAUUUACUACUGUCAGUUUAUAAAUAUUAAUUGGGUGUUCAAUCAGUACGUCUAGGAUCUUGACCAAAAUGAAAUUGAUGGUUUUAAGUGAAUAACUUUUAAGUGUAUGAGAAAUAAAUCUGAAGUUUAAAUUCAUAUUUUCUGUCUUGCACGAUACAUAAACAAGAAAGCACAGGAGAAACUUAAAAAUUUAAUCCUUGGGGUCAGGCCUGUGUUUGGGGAUGUUAGAGCUUUAAUGAAGCUGUAGUUUUUAUUCAUUGUAUAGUCAGGUCCCACUAGGUAGAUAACAUUAAUGCUGUCAGAGCCCCUGAGCCAUGCUAGCAGAAGGCCGCAACACCGCCUCUUGUUCCCGUAUGCUCCAGAAACUGGAGUAGAGGAACGUCAGACGAGUGAAGUUUUAGAAGCCGAGCUUCGUUCUGGUGCACUCUGCCUCCUGUGUGGGAAGCGAAUUCAGCUGGCUUCUGAAAUAGUGAAUGAGGCCAAGGGAAACGUAGCUGACUGCUGUCUUAUUUUAGCCCUUUGCCUUUCAUUUGUUCCUGUCCCCAUCAUUCUCUUUGCCUGGUUGGUUUCUCCGAGUCUAGAGUGCAACAGCCUCAUAGAUUUACUUUAGUAAGUUGGGUUAUAGAUGUGCAGACCACAAAGUACAUACGGCUGGGAAAGAGUGGUAAACUGGGAAAGAUAGCUGACAGGUCCAGUCUCAGUUUC